AUGACUACAAAAAAGCUGAAGCUUGCUUUCAUUGAGAAGGAUAUCGCAAGGAAAUUAGCAUACAAGAAUAGGAAGAAUAGUUUAGUGAAGAAGGUUGAGGAACUUACAACCCUUUGCGGUAUCGAUGCAUGUGCCAUUAUUUAUGGCCCCUACGAUCCUCAACCUGAGAUCUGGCCAUCGCCGUCCGGAGUACAAAAUGUGAUUUCGAAGUUCAAGACAGCGUCUGAGUAUGAACAAAGGAAAAAGAUGGUAAAUCAAGAGAGUUUUCUGAAAGAAAGGAUUUCGAAGGCAGAAAAGCAACUUAAUAAGCAAUGGAGGGACAACAAAGAAAAGGAGACAACAAUGCUCAUAUUUCAAUGUCUUAAUGCUGGGGGGAUCGUGCCAAACGACAGCUCGGUGGCUGGUUUGAAUGAUCUUGCUUUGAUGAUUGAUAAGAAUCUGAUGGAGAUUGGCAGAAGGAUAGAAAUAAGUGAUAGCAACAGUAAUAUUCAUCAGAGCCAAGGUGAAAAUCAAAUCACAACCGCUCAAUUUGAUCCGCCACUGCCACUACUACAACCACCACCGCCACCACCACCAACAGUGUCUGAUGUUGAUGAAGUUGAAAUGAUGAGUAGGUUGGGAUGGCUAUGA